UUCCACCCCUGGAUCCACCACUUCGAAUUGGAUUUUAUUAUUUUUUCUUUUUUAAACUUAAAUAUGGAGUAGUAUUUAACAUGCCAUGAAAAAGUCAAUUAGGCUUUGAAAGAAUCAUACGUUAUUUAAGAUUGUUGAUUGUGUUGGUUUAUCAGUGUUCGUCUUAUUCUCCCUUAAUAUAUUCAAUAGGCACAAGGAAGGUAUGCGUAGGGAAAAAAUGAGAGGUUCUUCUGUAGAAUCGAAUGUAGUUCUGGUAGCUAAGAGGUCAAAGUAUGUGAUUUUGGCGUUGUUUGUGAUAGCUGUAUAUGGGAGUUGGUCUGUGUACGAGCAUCAGUUUCUCAAAUUGCCAAACCCACUUGGUGCUGAACAGGUUGGUAAGAGGGGUUUCUCCGAGCAUGAAGCCAUCAAACAUGUUAUAGCCUUGACUCAAUUGGGUCCACAUCCAGUUGCUUCAGAUGCACUUGAUCAUGCCUUGGACUAUGUAUUGCAAGCCAUAGAAACGAUUAAACAAACAGCUCAUUGGGAAGUUGAUGUUGAAUUAGAUGUUUUUCAUGCGAAAUCUGGUGCUAAUACUAUGAUUGGUGGACUCUUCAAGGGAAAAACUCUUGUUUAUUCAGAUCUCAAUCACAUUGUGUUAAGGAUAUCGCCGAAAUAUACACCUCAAGCAAGAGAAAAUGCUAUUCUAGUCUCUUCCCACAUUGAUACCGUGUUUUCUGCUGAAGGGGCCGGAGACUGCAGUUCAUGUGUAGCUGUUAUGUUGGAGCUUGCUCGAGGAGUGUCUCAAUGGGCUCAUGGGUUCAAAAAUGCUGUAAUUUUUUUGUUUAACACAGGAGAGGAGGAGGGCUUAAAUGGUGCUCACAGCUUUAUAACUCAGCACUCGUGGAGUGAUACUGUAACCGUGGCUAUUGACUUGGAGGCCAUGGGUGUUGGAGGCAAGUCAGGAAUAUUUCAGGCUGGUCCUCAGCCAUGGGCAAUUGAAACUUUUGCCUUGGCAGCAAAAUUUCCAUCUGGUCAAAUAGUUGCACAGGAUAUAUUUAAAUCUGGGGCAAUAAAAUCUGCUACUGAUUUCCAAGUGUACCAAGAACUUGCCGGUCUUUCUGGUCUGGACUUUGCAUAUGCUGAUAAUACUGCUGUAUACCACACAAAGAAUGACAAAUUAAAGCUUUUGAAACCUGGUUCUCUUCAACAUCUUGGAGAAAAUAUGCUUGCGUUUCUGCUCAAGGCUGGAACUUCUACAAAUCUUCCCAAAGGCAAGGGGAAAAAUUCCGGUGGAAAAUCUGGCCAGGAUACUGCUAUAUAUUUUGACAUUCUGGGAACAUACAUGGUCGUAUUCCGUCAGCGAUUUGCCAGUAUGCUCUACAAUUCAAUGAUAUUGCAGGCACUUUUAAUAUGGAUGACAUCAUUAAUUAUGGGUGGAUAUUCUGCCCUGGUGUCAUUGGCCUUAUCUUCCUUGAGUCUCAUGCUCAUGUGGAUGUGCGCCAUCGGUUUCUCCGUACUUGUGGCCUUUGUUCUUCCCCUCGUAUCAUCUUCACCAAUUCCCUUCAUUUCAAGUCCAUGGCUAGUAGUUGGUUUGUUCGGUGCACCUGCUGUGCUUGGGGCUUUCACUGGUCAACAUGUGGGUUAUCUCAUUCUGUUGAAGCAUCUGACAAAGACAUUUUCAAGAAGAAAUAGAAACCUACCUUUGGUUGUGCGAGAAGAUCUGGCAAAGUUAGAUGCUGAGAGGUGGCUCUUCAAAGCCGGUUUAAUGCAGUGGCUUGUUCUUUUGAUUGUUGGAAACUUUUACAAGAUAGGAUCUUCUUAUUUGGCUUUAGCUUGGCUAGCCACUCCUGCAUUUGCAUAUGGUUUGCUUGAAGCAACUUUGUCACCAGCACGGCUGCCAAAACCACUCAAAACUCUCACCUUGCUGAUCGGAUUAUCUGUGCCGUUCUUGCUUUCUUCUGGCAUAAUUAUUCAUUUGGUUGCCACACUAAUUGGCACUGCUGUUCGACUUGAAAGGAGUCCUGGCAGCAACCCUGAGUGGCUGGGCAAUGUAAUAGUUGCAAUAUUUAUUGCUGCCAUAGCAUGUUUGACACUGGUAUAUCUUUUGUCAUAUAUUCAUAUUUCAGGUGCAAAGAUGCCACUUAUUGUAACGACCUGUCUUCUGUUUGGCAUCUCGCUUGCUGUGGUUCAACUAGGUGUUGUUCCACCAUUUAACGAAGAUACUGCCAGAGCUAUAAAUGUGGUGCAUAUUGUUGAUAUGACCGGAGCCAGAGGCGAAAUGCAAGAACCAGCCUCUCACAUUUCCUUAUUUUCAACUACUCCAGGAAGUUUGGUUAAGGAGGUUGAACAGAUUGGAGAAGGAUUUACUUGUGGCACUGAUAAGCCUCUUGAUUUUGUCACAUUUUUGGUCAAAUAUGGUUGUUGGAGCGAUAAAAAUGCUAAUAUUGGUUGGCAUGAGACAGAUAUUCCUCUGAUUCAUGUUGAGGAUGAUACCAAGGGUGACAAUAGAGUUUCUCAUGUAUCCAUUGACACAAAACUUUCCACACGCUGGACUCUGGGUAUCAACACUGAUGAAGUUGAGGAUUUCCAGUUGAAAGACGGUCGAGAGGAGUUGGUUCCAAUUGGUGACAAAAGCAAUGUUGAUGGGUGGCACAUAAUUCAGUUUUCAGGAGGGAAGAAGUCACCAAGGAAAUUCAGUCUGAUGCUUUUCUGGGCGGCCAACAAUCAUACUGGUAUGUCGGAUAGCAACAGAGAGAAGAAACCCUUGCUAAAACUGCGGACAGAUGUUGAUACACUAACUUUACCAACUGAAACAGUACUUGGGAAGCUUCCUCACUGGUGUUCUUUAUUUGGCAAGUCCACAUCUCCUCUUAACUUAGCUUUCUUGACUAGUUUAGCCGUUGAUUUCUAGGGGCAAAAUGGCUCGAUGGACCUUGUACUAUGUCCGUUUUGUAAUGUGGAUACUCCUACUUACAUGUUCUUUCAAGGGAAUCCAACUUUUACGGGAUGCAACGGCAUAUAUAGCUACAAGACUUGAUAGCUGCACUGGUGGUAACAAAUUACAACUCGUGCUAGCUUAUGGUUAUUUUUGUAUGCCAGAGCUAAGUGUUUUGACUUAGAAAAACAGCCUAUUAAUUGCAUUAAAGUUUCUAAAUUCA